AUGGUGCUCCACUCGUUCCUGGAUCCAAGAGUUCCUGGAUUUGGAAUGCAGAUGACACCGACAUGUCGGGAAGACGAUGGAUGUUUCGCGUUUCCUACACCUACCUCACAAGGGGAAGUCAAUGGUAUUUCGUCGACAUGGACGCCGCAAGAAUCACAGCUAGAUCCCCAAGGAGUAGACGAAAACCAAGGUCCAUUGUCAACUCCUGUCAAUGGCGUCCUCGAGCCUAGCAACACACAAUCCGUCGAUCCCAACCUUUUUCAACCUGAUCUUACUAGCAUCGCGACUACGGUAACAGACAACGCGGGAUCUACCAUGACUAUGAAGACAACGAUCAAUGUUACAGUACCACCGAGUUUGAGUGCCACAGUCAGUACAUCAACGUCAAUAACGCCAGAUCCAGGUCCAGCAACUGUUGGAACCGUGGAAGCCGCGGAGAGUGGCCACAACACCAACAGACUCAGCGCCGGAGAAGUGACCGGUGUCGCUAUGGGAACCUUCAUCCUCGGCGCAAUCCUGGCGUUUAUCGCUGCAUUCUUCCUGUUUAAGCAAAGAAACAAGCACAAAAGUGCCAACGUCAACAGGAAGGAUUAUCCAAGCUAUGGCGACUCUGCGCCCGAUCUAGCUAUGAUGCAAUCCAAGAGUGCCAGCAGUCUAGUAGGGCGACAUAGUCCCUACGUACAGGUUUCGCAAAUACCCCUGCCAGCGCCGCUGGCUGCUCACCCACCUUCUCCAAUCCCUGCCCCUGUUUUCAUACCAGCAAGUGCGUCUCGAGAUAUCACUGCUUUCUUACCACCUGCGGCAGACAACGAAGAGGUGUGGAACGAAGUCUCUCAUUUGUUCGCCUUGAUGCAUGAGCAUGUAGAAAAGUAUUACCGAGACGUCAAUGCCAUUAUUACCCCGAGUAUGGAACCUGAGAUUGCCGAGUUUGGAGCCAAGGAGGUGGACAUGGCAGAACUUCUGCAAGAAUGUACAAGUUCAACAGCGGCGCUGAAGCAUGCCCUCGUAACAUAUGUACUGGGUAUAACGGAGCCGAGGCAGAAAGACGACGAUGAAGGGACAUUGUUUCCCAAAGAGCUUUACACAGCGCAUGCUGAGAAUCGUAUGAAUGUUGUCUCUGAUCCGGAUCUCGUAGCAGCUACCUCGCUGCAUCGCCGCAUCUCUGUCUAUCUCUACAGCAACAUCACUGGCAUGCCAAAUCGUCGCAGAUCUUGGACGGCUCAAUCGAACGUUCGUGAAGCAGCGGAACACUUCUCUCUUACUUUCUUCCCGUGGGCCAACCCUACGUCCAGCGACCAAGACAAAGAUGAAGAUCUUGCACGCAUCAUCACAGACACACUGACGAUGAGGAUAUGGCUCUUCGGGCAGUUGGACACCUAUGACUUUGAGUGGGAGGGAGUUGGUGAGAGAGGUAUCGUCAUCAACCCGAGUUUGUUGAAGCGGAAACGUCAAGAGGGUGACGGCGAUGAUUCAAUAUUUCAGCUGGUGGAAGGCGCCGUUGUUGCUAUGUAG